AUGGAUUCACUCACACUCCCCUCUCAGGAUGAAUUGUUCCGGCGUUGGAUCGGCAAGGAUAUCGCAGAUGUCCCCAAGCCAGCCGCCGUGCUCGACCGAGCCAUCAUUCGCCGGCAUUGCGAGCGGAUGAAGAAGACAGUCAAAGCUCUAGGUGUUGGGUUCAGAGCACAUGUCAAGACACACAAGACCUUCCAAAUCGCCAGAAUGCAAAUGGAAAACGGCGAUCCAGAAACUAAAUUCAUCGCCUCGACACUUCUCGAAAUCGAAAUGCUGCAUCGUCUACUAAAAGGCCUCAAGAUUCUAAAACGUCCCGUCAACGUCCUCUACGGCAUCCCCCUCGUGCCCUCGCACGUCCCACGCCUCGCAGAACUAGCUGCCGAAAUCGGUGAAGAUAGCAUCUCCGUCAUGAUCGACCAUCCAGAUCAAAUCCCCUAUCUACGCCAAUUCUUCGAAGUAACCAAAUUCCCCGCCUGCGUCUUCGUCAAGGUAGACACCGGCUACCACCGCGCGGGACUGCCGCCCGUCUCCCUGAACAAGAACGGGCUCCUGGAGAAGCUCGCCGACGCCGAAGCAGAGGGCUGGGUGCGUCUACUGGGUUUAUACUCACACAGUAGUCUGAGCUAUAAUGCAAAGAGCGCUGCGGAAGCGAUGACGCACCUCAUCGCCGAGAUCCAGGGUUGCAAAGUCGCGCUGAACAUGUGGCUGCCCCUUCUCCCACAGGAUCGCGAGCUGAUCAUCAGCGUCGGCGCAACGCCACAGAUCUCAUCCUCGCAUAAUCUUGUCGGUGAAAAUACUAUUUCUCCCGAGGCCGAAGAACUAAAAGCCCUCCUGCGCAACCCGUGUCCCGAAAACGCAGACGCAAAGAUCAAAAUCGAACUUCACGCCGGCAACUACCCCAUCCUGGAUAUGCAACAGGUAUCAACGAACGCCAGAGACGGCGCCGGCAAAUUCGAAGAAGAAAUCGCCAUGUCCAUCGUCGCAGAGGUGUGCAGCGUGUAUAACGACGGCGAGCGCGAGAAACCCGAAGCCCUGAUUGCCGCUGGUACACUCGCGUUAGGCCGCGAGCCCUGCGCGAAUUACCCCGGCUGGGGUGUUCUUUCUUCAUGGAGACGGAAUGAAGAUCCCGGUGCGCCGAGGCUGAUUGUUGAUCGGAUUAGCCAGGAACAUGGGAUUGUGGCGUGGGAGGCUGGCGUGCAGAGGAGUAUUCCGCUUAGUGUGGGACAGAUGGUGAGGGUGUUUCCUAAUCAUUCUUGUGUGGCGGCUGCGUUUUAUGGGUGGUAUUUUGUUGUUGAUUCGGAAAGGGAUCGGGAUGGGUCGCAGAUUGUUGAUGUUUGGGUUAGGGGACGGGGGUCGGAUGUUUCUGAUCCGUUUUUGAUGACGAGGUUUCAGUAG